AUGAGCGAAAUAAACGUAGAAUGCGAUGCGAAAUCUCUCAAAAACCUCGAAAACGAGAUCAAUCAAGAACAAAGCGCAAAACUCGACGGCAACGGCAACGACUUGCGCCAACUCAAGAGAGCUAGGAGCACCGCCAAAGGUAUUCUAUCGAAGCGACAAAACGAGCUAACAGACAUAUUUUCAAAAACUGAUAACUCGUCAGAACUGGAGAAAAAGCUUUCAGAAAUGCACAAAGCCCUAGAGAAAUUUCGAACUGCUCAUGAUGCAUUCCAUGACAAUCUACAGGACGAAGAUGACAUUUUAGAGUCAAACGAUUACUAUGAAGCCGUUAUAGAAAGAUUUUCUGACUUGAAAGAACGAGCUACGCAGAAACUUUGUCUUUGGAAGCAAGAUAACGUAGAGCUCGACAUACGACCAGAAGAUUCUGUUAGCAACGCAGGGUCACGUGCUGGUUCGGAGAGUCAGGUGACCAGCAUGUCCAAAUUAUCAAAACGAAGUUCUAACUCGUCAGUCUCGGUUUCAAGAGCAAGAGCAUCAGCCAAGAAGGCCAUUUUGGAAGCACAAUCAGCCUCACUUGCAAAACGACAAGCUCUACAAGAAGAACAAUUGCGUCUUCAACAAAAGGCAGAUCAACUAGAUCUAGAAACUGAAUUGGCAAAGGCACAAGCAGAAGAACGAGCAUAUUUAGAAGCUGAUAAGAAAAGUGACGUUAGUUUCUCGAAGCGUGAUAAAUCGGAAACAAGUUCGUUUUCCAAACAGGUUCCAUUGCUAAAGUCAACAAUAAAUAGCAACAGAAAGCACUAUACCACCGCCUUCCAAAAACAGUCUAAUGACACAUAUACAGAAAAGGUGAGCGUUACACACCCGUCCACUCUCGAAGCGAAAAUACCACAAGACCACCCAGUCCCUCCACAUCUACACCUACAGAAGAGAAACGAAAACGUGUUAUCGUUCCCAGGCGCAGAUAAAGAGACAAAGAACUUGGAAACGAAUCGCGGAGCCACAGCAAGUCCGAUAGAACAGUUGUUAUUGCAACAACAGCGCCACACUCUGGCACUGAUGUUACCUCAACCUGAAAUUCCCACCUUUGACGGAGACCCAAUCGAGUUUCAAAACUUUAUCCGCGCUUUCGAAACACUCAUCGAGCUGAAGACCGACAGCGACAGUGCAAGAUUGUACUACCUUGUACAGUACACAGCUGGUGACGCUCGCGAAUUGAUGAAGAGCUGCUUGUCAAUGAAUGGACCUGACGGCUAUGUCGAAGCACGAAAGGCGUUAAAGCAGAAGUACGGUCAGAAGUACAAGAUCGCCUCGGCGUAUGUAGACCGAGUGACCAAUGGUCCUUCCAUAAAAUCCGAAGAUGCAAACUCCCUCCAGAAAUUCUCGAUUCUCUUGACAAGCUGUAAAAAUGCUCUGAAGGAUAUUGGCUACCUUAGCAAAAUAGAAAACCCAGAGAGCCUGAGAAAGAUCGUUAACCGGCUACCAUAUGCACUACGACGAAAAUGGCGAGACGUGGCUGACAACAUCACGGAGAACCAAGAGAGAGAAAUUACAAUCGACGACAUAUCCACUUUUGUCGCAAAGGUUGCAAGAGCCGCUGCUCAUCCAAUUUUCGGUGAUCUGAAUGGAGAUUCCAAAGAGUUGAAAGGAAGAGACGAACAGAACCACCUAAGACGUAGAGGUGAAAACAAACCAAGAAGUAACUUCGCAGUUGACGGCAAACAGAACUCUGCAGACCAAUAUGCGCGACCAACUAUCAAGUGUCCUCAAUGUGAUGCUAACCACUGGCUCUCCCAGUGUACACAGUUCAGAACCAUGUCCUUAAUCGACAGAUUUAACCUGGUACGAAAAAGGGGACUUUGCGAUAACUGUCUAACACGUGGCCACCUUGCAAGAAAUUGCCCAAAGAAAAGCUUUUGUAAAGUACAAGAUUGCAAGGAAGUUCACUCCACGUUUCUCCACGAAAGCUCGAGCGACAAGAAAUUAACGCGACCGAAAGGGAACGAAAACGAAGAGCCCGACAAAGACAACACCGAAUCGAAAUCCGAGACAAAGGCGCAGAGUGGUUAUAUCAAAUCAGCCAAGCACCAAAGCAAAACAACCUCAAAUAACUCUACAACAAUUGGCUUGGCAAUUGUACCAGUGAAAGUUAGAGCAGCCGGAAGCGAAAGAAUCGUUCAGACGUACGCGUUUCUCGACGGAGGUUCCAAUACCUCAUUUUGUUCGGAAAACCUAAUGAGACAGCUAAACAUCGAAGGAAAAAGAACAAACCUUACCUUGACAACUCUGGGGAAAGCUAACAGCAAGACCGAAAGCUCUAUCGUAAGCCUGGAACUUUCUGACUUACAAGAUGAAAACCAUGUCUCCCUAAAAACGGUAUUUUCCACACCAGUACUGCCCGUGACAACAAGAAAUCGUGCCUCCCAACAAGACAUCAGGCAGUGGCCACAUCUCUCAAAUAUCCA